AUGAUGCCACACCAAGGGUGGGAGCCUUACAACAAUUCUUCAGGUUUUGUACAACCUGGAUAUAUGCAUCCUCCAAUGAACAUUCACCCAACUGGUGAGAAUACUGAGCAUCUUACCACAUGGAGGAAUGAGACAAGCUUCUUCCCUCUGCCAGCUGAGGAACUACAGUGUGCCCAUCAGGCACCAGGCCUUAAGGAUGCUGAAGAACCACAGUUUGUCCACCAAAGCACCAGGCCCUGAGGAUACUGAGAAACCACAGCGUGUCUACCAAGCACCAGACCCUGAGGACGCUGAGGAAGCAAUGUGUGCCCACCAAGCACCAGGCCCUAAGAAUGUUGAGGAGCCAGUGUGCUGGCCAAGCACCAGACCCUAAGGAUGCUGAGGAACCACAGUAUGCCCACCAAGCAGCAGGCCCUGAGGAUACUGAGGAACCACAGCGUGUCUACGAAGCACCAGUCCCUGAGGAUGCUGAGGAGCCACACUGUGCUAGCCAAGCACCAGGCCCUAAGGAUGCUGAGGAACCACAGUGUUCCCACCAAGCAGCAGGCCCUGAGGAUACUGAGGCACCACAGCGUGUCUACCAAGCAUCAGUCCCUGAGGACGCUGAGGAAGCAAAGUGUGCCCACCAAGCACCAGGCCCUGAGAAUGUUGAGGAGCCAGAGUGUGCUAGCCAAGCACCAGGCCCUAAGGAUGCUGAGGAACCACAGUGUUCCCGCCAAGCAGCAGGUCCUGAGGAUGCUGAGGAAGCACAGCGUGUCUACCAAGCACCAGUCCCUGACGACGCUGAGGAACCACAGUGUGUCCACCAAGCAGCAGGCCCUGAGGAUGCACAUGUGGAAAAGGAACCACAACUCAUCCCACAAAAUGUCCUUGAAUGUGACAGUGAUGACAUGGAAUCCAUCAGCUCUAAGUUGGAAGAUUUAUUUCCAGAGAUCUUUUCAGCUCCUGGUGCACCAGAAGAGCUCUGCGAUGGCAUUGAUUUUGAUGAAAUACUGUCAGAAUUGAAAGCGCGCACAGGCGAUUCAGCAGUCACUGCACAAAGUAUCAACACAUGCGAGAGUGCAUCUAAGACAAAACGAGAUGUCUUUCUCUGGAAGCCUUCUAUAAUCCUUACAGAUGACGUUCUAACAAAAAUGCAAAAUGAGGUCAGAGAUUUUUGUGACUUCAAGGAACUUCCCCCAGUGAUGACAACUGGUUUGGAAGACCCAGCAACUAAAUACAGUCUAGGCAUCCCCCAAUAGAUGCACCAUGUACAAGUUCCAUCCACACUUCAAAUGGUGUCAUGAGUCUAAAUGAUUUACCCGCUAUAGAUCUACAAGUGCUGAAAAACAUGGGAUACAAGGCAGACUUUUUGCCUGGCUAUGAGAGUCCUCUGCAGACUCGUAUCACAAGCUCAGCACAAGAACCUUCAAAGGAUGAGCAGCUAAAUGACAAAAGACGAAAGAGAAAGAGGGAUUGCUUUUCUCCUGAAAGAGAAAACUAUGAUGCAGAGCCACAAUACACCAUGCAUUCAACUGUCUCUACAACCUCUAAUCUUAACUUCACUCAAAAUGAAGUCAUCAACUUGAAUGGUAAAUUAUAAGCCUAACAGUUUACAACAGAAUACUAACAAUAUAUUAUUAGAACUUGCUUCCAAACUUCAGCGAAGUAAGAAAAAGGAAGAGAGAGGACUCUGAAAAUCACACAGCUAAACCUCCAUGCAACAAACAUCGAACUGACUGUUAUUGAGAGCAAAACAGCUGCUGUAUUGUAAUAACAAUACAUGUAAAUAAAUAUACCUGCAAUUA